AUGGUGGCCACCGCCAAACUCAUCCGUCUCCGCCACCCCAAACUCCAUUCCUUCUCCCAGCCUUGCCGAAAUCCCUACCGCUUCUUCUCCUCAUCUUCCAAACCCGACUCCAAUGCCGCCACAUCCCGACCCGAUACGGAAUCCGAAUCCAAAUCCAAAUCGGAAACCCAAUCUCAAUCCCCAUUCUCCUCAUAUUUCAGCGAUGUGAAAGCGAGUCUACAAAAAGAAUCCUUAAAUCAGAAUCGCGCUCAAAUCCCCCACAAAACGCCGUCGUUUUCAAAUUCCACUCCUCAAACGACUAAAAUCGCUUCAUUGGAAGAAAUCCGUAAAAACCUCUCCGAGUUUCGCCGCCGCUCCGCCACUCCGCCGUCAUCAUCGUCCGCUGCUUCGCCUUCUUCCCAUUCCGGUCAACCCAUAUCAUUCCGAGAGCUCUAUAAAAGAAAUGUCCUUCCAAAAACUGAAGAUUCUGGUUCCGGUUCUUCAGAUUCGACUGCGAACCCUGCGGGAGCCGCCGCAGCUGGUGGGAAACUCGCUUUUAAUGCAAUUCGUGAGAGCCUCCGUCAGCUCCGGUCCAAUUCCCCAAUUAGACAAACUGAUUCUGGUGGGAAGGCCGGUGAUUCUAUGUCACUUUCGAGGUUUAAGGACAGCUUGAAGUUGAAACCUGUGGGUCCAAAUGCGCAGGAACCCCAAAUGAUGAUUGGGGGCAGUGAUAGUUUGCCUGCCUCGAUAUUUGGGAAGGAGAAAAGGGAUGGUGAUAAAGCCGGCCCUGCAACGAGGACUGAAUUUGUCAAGAUGUACAAAUAUGAAGAGUUGGGGGAAAAGCUGAAGAUGUUGAGGCCCGAGAAGAAGAAGGGAAACUGGUUCUCACUGCAGGAGCUGAACGAGAGGCUCAUGAAGCUGAGAGAGAUUGACGAGAAGGAGAGCGAGACAAGGACUGGGGGUGUCAAUUUCAUUGACUUGAGAGAGAGUCUUGAGCGGUUGAAGAUGUCAGAUGAUGAGAAAGCCAGAAAGAAAACAAUGCAGAGACUUAAUGUUUUGGGUCAGCUCGGUGGAACCCCAAGCUUCAUGCUGUCACCUCCAAAGGACCACUUAGUUGAGAAGUAUUUUCAUCCUGAUAACAUGUCAUCUGCUGAGAAACUAGCUCUGGAACUUGAAAAAGUCAGAGGUGAAUUUAAAACGUCAGAGUCAGAUUGUGGUUCUGCUCGUGUUCAAGUGGCACAACUCACAACAAAGAUUAAACAUCUGGAUAGUGUUCUGCAUAAAAAGGAUAAGCAUUCUCGGAGGGGGCUUGAGCUAAUGGUCGAGAGGAGGAAGAAAUUGGUGAGGUAUCUCAGACGGACGGACUUUGAUUCUUACUGCCUCGUUUUAUCUAAACUUGGUAUUCGGGACCAGACCGAGCCUAAACUGUACAAGUAUCUCGUACCGAGGGAGAGGCUUAAUACUGCUUCCAAAAAGAAGAAAGGAAAAAGGGGAAAAGGAAGACUAAGGAAUUAA